UAAUCGUAUAUAGUUCAGCGGCAGCAAUGUAACAAACCGUGUCUUUUAAUCGCCUUUGGCUGUAACUUGCCUUCAAAAGCUGACGUUUCUUCCCGCCAUACGAAAAUUGUGUAUAUAGAAAACGAAUAGCGCUCAUCUUCUACCUCAUUAGAAAAUAAGCUUCAAAAUGGUGUUUUGCGUUGAAGUUUUCGGAUGGGGAAUUAUGGUGGUGAUGGGAGCCAAACUGCUGUUCAAUUGCUACGAUUUCUUCUAUGCCACAUACUUGGCAGCGGCGUUAGGACACAACCUGGUCCCUAAAAUAAAACAAUUCGGCUCUUGGGCAGUUGUGACGGGAGCAACGGAUGGAAUAGGAAAAGCUUACGCUCAACAAUUGGCGGCCUUGGGAUUAAAUAUUGUACUUGUUAGUCGAUCACCCGUAAAACUGAAGCAAGUUUCAGACGAGAUAAGUCGUCAAAAUCGUGCUAUCCAAAUUUUAACGGUGGCUGUCGAUUUCACUGACGGCAAUGCCAUUUAUCCUAAACUAAAGAAAGAACUAUCUCACCUAUUUGGACAAAUAGGAAUACUCGUUAACAAUGUUGGUAUGAAGCUGCCAACUUGUCAGAUCGCCGAUGUUCCAUCUGGUGAACAGUUUAACGAGAUAAUUAAUUGCAACGUUAUGUCGAUGGUCCGGUUGACCAAUAUGCUUCUACCUGCCAUGAGAAAGAAAAAGAGAGGAUUGAUCAUCAAUAUCGGAUCACUUGCCGGCACGGGAUUUGCUCCAAUGAGGACAACCUACGGAGCUACGAAAGCUUUUGUCGACAAAUUCUCGUGCGAUUUGGCUGCAGAAUAUCGUUCGGACGGCAUCGUUGUCCAGUCUAUAUUGCCAGGUUACGUGGCAACAAAAUUGCCCGGACUGAGUGGUAAAUCCAGUUUCGAUGUGCCAACAGCCAAAACGUACGUAGAGGCUGCGUUAUUACGCUCUCUCGGAGUGGAAACUAGAACAUCAGCUUACUGGUUUCACAAGAUACUGCUGUACUGGACUGAAUUCCUGUAUUUUUUCGUCCCCAAUCUCGUUCAGAAAUUGACUGUGAGUAUCAUAGGCCGUAAAGCACAAAUGGCUAAUCUUCAAACAAGAAUGUAAAGACUAAAACAACAAAUUAAUGAAUACAAGCGUUACGAUACAAGAA